AUGGAUGUGCGAGACCAGCUGCCAACUCCCAGGCGGCUGGACGUUUCCAUGGCCGAUCUGCGAGAAGCACUUGCUGCUCCCGGGUGUCCUGACGAAGGUGCACGUGGCUCGUUGGCUGACAAGUUGAAGUUAAAGGCUGCUUGUGAUGCGGAGAUCUUGAGAGCUGCUGCUGCAGCGCUGUCUCUGGGGCCUGAGGCGGUUGAUGCAGCUGCUAUGGUCCGCUCCAUUGCCAUAACUCCUCAAGCAGCUGUGUAUGUCAGCAAAGAGGUCGGCCCAUCGCUUUGCAAAGCUCUGCGACGCAAGGAGCCACAGCUGGUCGCCUGGGCUUUGAUGGCUUUGAUUCGCUUGGCACAGUUUCCUGAUACGCACGGGCUUCUGCGUCGGGCCGAUGCCGUUCAGUCGCUAGCACUUUUCACCCGGCCCCAAGCGCGGCGCAAGUCAGAGGUCAGGCUUGAUUUGCUUGCGUCUAUGGGUCUAGCAUUUCUGAGCGAAACCAUGCGGCAAGAACAACGACCAGAAAUUUGUGCUCUCGUACCCUUGCGACUGCUGCCAGAGUUGGUGCAGCUUCUUUGUGCAAGGCUGCAGAUGACUUCCGAUGAGGUGGUGUCCAGCUGCGUUUUUUGUGGGAUGCCCGUUGACUAUCGGCCUCGAUUUGUAGCUCAGUCUCUGGCAGCCUUGUGUGAGGCCUCAGCUGCGCAUGCAGCCAUGGCGUGGCAGUCAAACUUGCCAUUUGUGAUUUGCGAAGUCCUUUCAGGCCGCUGCCCCAAUGAUGCCGAAGCCAACCUGCCCUUCGGAAGUCCUGAUGUGGUCGAAAUGGCAAGCAGGUGCCGAAGUGCCUUGCUCGCCCAUGCAUCGAAGCGCAGUAUGGCUCCGCCACAGGUUCUAGCUGAUCUGAAAUCAGCACCAGCAGCGCCAAAAGGGACCUGGGCGAAGCGCGGAGAUGCAACAAGAAAAGUGAGAAGCCGCCUUUGA